CUGCUAUAAAUCUGCGUCCUGUUCCCCGUCCCUCCUCUUUCUGCUCCUGGUCGUGGUAGAACCAGCUCAUCCUCAUCAUGGGGUUCGGUGACCUGAAGUCUUCCUCGGGACUCAAAGUUCUGAACGACUUCCUGACGGACAGGAGCUUCAUCGAGGGGUAUGUCCCUUCUCAAGCGGACGUUGCUGUGUUUGAGGCCAUCACAGCUCCACCCCCUGCUGACCUGUGCCACGCCCUCCGGUGGUACAACCACAUCAAGUCCUACCAGGCCCAAAAAAACAGUCUUCCAGGUGUGAGAAAACCUCUGGGCCAAUACGGCCCCGCAGGUGUUGCAGAUACCACAUCUGGUUCCCCUGCUGCCAGCAAGGAUGAAGAUGAUGAUGAUAUUGAUCUUUUUGGCUCUGACGAAGAGGUGAGCUUGUGGUGUUGUCUAAACCAGAUCUUCAUCACUUCAUGUCUCACCCUGACUUUGGUCUGGCAGGAGGACCCAGAGGCCGUUAAGCUAAAGGAACAGCGCCUGGCUGAGUACGCUGCAAAAAAAGCUAAGAAACCCACCCUUAUUGCCAAAUCCUCGAUCUUAUUGGACGUGAAGCCGUGGGAUGACGAGACAGACAUGGCGAAGCUGGAGGAGUGCGUCCGCAGCAUCCAGAUGGACGGGCUGGUGUGGGGACAGUCCAAACUCGUCCCGGUGGGUUACGGCAUCAAGAAGCUGCAGAUCAGCUGUGUGGUGGAAGACGAUAAGGUGGGCACGGACAUCCUGGAGGAGAAGAUCACAGCCUUCGAGGAUUACGUUCAGUCCAUGGAUGUUGCAGCAUUCAACAAGAUCUGAGAUGUUAAUAAAAUGAUCAAACUGUU